CCAAUUAGAGCGGGCCGAUCUUAUCUGCGCUGUAUAGCCUUAUCGUUUUGUUGACGUCUGUCUAAUUUGUUGUUUAUUAUUCAGUCACUAAUGCCAAAUCAUCAUGGUUAGUUACACUAUAGAGCAGCGCGUCCAAAUUAUAAAAUCUUAUUAUCAAAAUAAAUGUUCGGUAGUUCAAACGUUGCGCUCGUUAGGUCCAUUUUUUUGGCCGACGUAGUGAUCCUUCAAAGUCGACUCUCCAACGUUUGGUGUCGAAAUUUGAGACAACUGGUUCGGUAAACGAUCAGUUAACACCCGUACGUCAAAGAAACGCCAGAUCGGUCCAGAAUAUCGCCGCGGUACGUGAAAGUGUGCAGGAGAACCCGAGGCAGUCAAUUCCUCGCCGUGCACAAGAACUCGGGUCUUUCACAGUCUUCAACUUGGCGAAUUUUGCGCCGGGACUUGAGCUUACACCCAUAUAAGAUCCAACUGACCCAGGAGCUCAAAAUUAAUGACCAUAGACAACGCCNUUGGAUGAAUGGCUAUGUUAACAAGCAAAAUUGCCGUAUUUGGGACAAUACCAACCCACACGAGGUUCAACAGGUAACAAUGCAUCCACAAAAAGUUACUGUUUGGUGCGGAUUUUGGGCUGGCGGUAUCAUUGGUCCGUACUUUUUUGAAAAUGACGUUGGUGAGGCCAUCACCGUCAAUGGUGAGCGAUACAGAACGAUGAUAACCGAUUUUGUUUUUCCCAAAAUGAACGGUAUGGACGUAGACGACAUGUGGUUUCAGCAGUAUGGCGCUAUGUGCCAUACAUCCAACGCCACGAUAGCCAUUCUGAACGGCAAAUUUGAGGGUAUGGUUAUCUCUCGCCGAGGAGACGUGAAUUGGCCACCAAGAUCGUGUGAUUUGACCCCAUUAGACUUUUUCUUGUGGGGUUUCCUGAAGUCGCAGGUCUAUGCCGAUAAGCCGAAAUCGACAGAUGACCUUAAAGUGAACAUAACCCAGACCAUCGCUCAAAUUCAACCGGAUCUAUGCGGCAGAGUCAUUGAAAAUUGGACCACUCGGAUUCGUGCCACUGUGAGAAGCCGUGGCGGACAUUUAAACGAUAUUAUAUUCAAAACAUAAUUGGCAUACUUAGAACUUUAAAAUAAAAAAAAAAUUUCACUAAUACCUCGUACA